AUGGCUUACCAUCGAGAAUCCUUCUCUUCAACAUCUUCCUCCUCCUCAUCCCUCUACUCAUUCUCGACGCAGACGCCAUCCCGAUCCGGUUCCCGAAAACAGGGCCCCUCAACCCAGAAACUCAAGUUGAAGCGGUGGUUCUCGUCGCAUCUCCUCUCGCCUCGACAGACGUCGGAUCCUACCACUGUUACUGCAACAAGUAAUACCACCACUGCAACCACUACGGCGAACACGCUUAUCCCUGACAAUAUCCCGACCACAACUGCCCAGAGCUCGAAGCUAUCCCGGAAGUCUUCGGCUUCACAGUCGCAUUCGCAGUCCUCGUCGCCACUGGGGAUAAAACCCCACCAGGAUCCGAUCUGCAAUCACAAUCCAGAACACAACUACAACAACCCCAUCUCAUACCGCGACAAACGAACAAUCCACAUCCAAACAGAAUACACCUCACCCAACGACCCCGUCUCAGACUCCUACGCCGCCUUCUGCCGCGCAUUCACCUCGUCGCCAUCCCCCGAACACCAACGCCAGAAGCGGAUCCCACUCCCGCGACUGCCAGCCUCAUCACCAGACAACGACAACCUCGAAAUAGAAACAGAAACAGAGUUCCAGAGACAGGGAAUCGAGAGGACGGCGGGCACAGCUGAAUAUGAGCUGGGGUCGGGGGCUCCGUUUGUGAUUGGAAGUGCGAUUGCGUCUGCGGCUGAGACUAGCCUCUCUGUGCGGGACGACCGGGCUGCACCGAGCGCUUCGCCCGCGAUACGAUUCCUUCCUGUCGGUGCGCAUGGGUAUCUUCCUGCGGGCUGGGCGUUGCCGAGACCGCCCACGCCACCACCGGGAAUUCUCACCCCGGAACGGUAUCAGGAGAUGCAGCGAACGGCCGAGGAGGAGAAGGAGAAUGAGAAGAAAGAUAAGCGGGAUGGAGGCCGGUUGACGUGGUGCCUGCCCAUUCGAGUAUCCUGGGCGCCGUGGGGCAGGCCCAAGGAGCCUUAA